AUGACCGACGUACCUACCACGAGCGCGACUUUGGCUAUGGCCUUGAGUCCGAUUCCAGUCGCCGUUGCACAAGGCACCACUGAAGAGGAGGAGGCAAUUCAGGUUGAUGACGAACGUGACGAUGACCCGGGUUACGAUGACGGUUCUUCAUUUCAGGUCCGUCCUCUGAACCGACGACACCACAUCUACCGGCUAGUUCUUAACGGCGAACUCCACCUAGCACCUAUCGGCGAACACCCUCAGCGCGUUCUUGAUUUAGGCACUGGCACCGGCAUUUGGUCUAUGGACUUUGCUGAUCAGUACCCAUCCGCAGAAGUUAUCGGUACAGAUCUAAGCCCCAUUCAGCCUCGGUGGACCCCUCCUAAUUGCACCUUCGAGGUGGAUGACUUCGAAGAGGAAUGGGUAUACCGUAGAAAGUUUGAUUACAUCCAUGCCCGUGAAUUAGGAGGUUGUAUAGGCGAUGCCAACCAGCUAUUCCGCCGGGCUUUCGAAAACCUAACUUCAGGCGGACACUUUGAAAUACAGACUGUCUACGCAAAAUUUCUCUCUUAUGACGGCACGGAUAAACAGGCGAAAGAUGCGCAGUUUUGGAUGGAAAAUAUUUGUGCUGGCGCAAGAAAGUUUGGGAAGCCCCUUGAUUCGACACCGGAGUGGCUUGAGAAAAUCAAAGCAGCGGGCUUUAUUGAUGUCCAGCAGGAUAUUCGGAUAGUAUGUGAAAAAUUCCUCUUUACGGACCCGACAGUACUAAUACGCCUGAAGAUUCCAAUAGGUGCUUGGCCUAAAGACGCACAUCUAAAAGAGAUCGGCAGAUACCAGAUCGUUCAGGAGAAGAAAGUCAUCGAUUCAUACACACCGGGAAUAUUUUGUAACAUUCUUGGCUGGACGCAGGAUGAGAUUGCUGUUCUUAUUGCUAAGGUGAAGAAGGACCUCGAAACCCCGGAAAACCAUCUGUAUCUCCCUGUCUAUUUCAUUUGGGGCAAGAAGCCAUGA